GCGAAGGACAGUGACGAUGAUGAUGAAGUCACCGUCAGUGUGGACCGGGACCGCUUCAUGGACGAGUUCUUUGAGCAGGUGGAAGAAAUUCGAGGGUUCAUCGAUAAAAUUUCGGAGAACGUGGAGGAAGUGAAGAGGAAGCACAGCGCCAUUCUUGCUUCGCCCAACCCCGACGAGAAAACGAAGGAGGAGCUGGAAGAGCUGAUGUCUGACAUAAAGAAGACGGCGAACAAAGUGCGCUCCAAGCUAAAGAGUAUUGAGCAGAGUAUUGAACAAGAGGAGGGACUGAACAGAUCAUCUGCUGACCUGCGGAUAAGGAAAACUCAGCACUCGACGCUGUCGCGCAAGUUCGUGGAGGUGAUGUCCGAGUACAACGCCACGCAGACCGACUACCGGGAGCGCUGCAAGGGCAGGAUUCAGAGGCAGCUGGAGAUCACUGGCAGGACCACGACCAGCGAGGAGCUGGAGGACAUGCUGGAAAGCGGCAACCCGGCCAUCUUCUCCUCCGGGAUCAUUAUGGAUUCAAACAUCACCAAGCAGGCACUGAAUGAGAUUGAGACACGGCACAGCGAGAUCAUCAAACUGGAGAACAGCAUCCGAGAGCUGCACGACAUGUUCAUGGACAUGGCUAUGCUGGUGGAGAGCCAGGGCGAGAUGAUCGACCGCAUUGAGUACAACGUGGAGCACUCGGUUGACUAUGUGGAGCGGGCCGUGUCUGACACCAAAAAAGCGGUCAAGUACCAGAGCAAAGCCAGACGGAAGAAGAUCAUGAUCAUAAUCUGCUGCGUGAUCCUGGGUAUCGUCAUCGCCUCCACCUUCGGCGGCAUUUUCGGCUAG